UACCAUGCGUGAUCUCUGAUCCCUUAUGUUGUUGCUAAUACUAAUAUAAUAGAAUGAAACAUAUUUUUCAAGUAGUUAUUUGAAGGGUGACCAUAGGUGAAGAUAUCUACGAUCAAAGAUGACACCAAGAUAUUGCAAAGGCGUAUUUUUUGCUUUAAUAAUAGUUUUUGGAAUAUGCGCCGCGUUGGAAACGAAAUACAAGAACAACGAUAGUUUUUUGAAAGGGGGAAACUUGAAUAAUAUUUUUCAGUUAUACGUGCCCACAGUUUAUUCAGAAAAUGAAAAGUGCAGGGAACAUAGUGUAUUUUAUCUGGAAGAGUUGAAGAAACUGACAUUAUGGGCUACAGAAAUGUUUGAUGCAUCUGCCAAGUUUCCGAGUGGUUUGCUCUAUGGUUCGUCAUACGACUUGGGAAGCUACGAUGAAUGCCUAAAAAUUAAGGUACUUCAUAAUAAUGAAGGAUUUAUAGGAAAAUAUUGUUUGGUCAAUUGGAAAAUCAAACUAGAAACACCCCACAAUUUAACUGAAGUAGACUGGGAACGUGAUGAUUAUAUCAAAUAUUUUAACGUAUCUACUAAUGACAAACUAUCAGCGUAUGCUAAUACUUUAAGCCGAUUCAAAAGAAAUGAUUAUAAUGUUGCCCUUUGUCUACCUUCUUCCUGUACAUAUAAUGAUAUAAACAGUGCCAUAAAUAGUAUUAUUUUAAGAGAAAAAACUGAUCCAUUUAAGUUAGAAGUUAGUAUAAAAGAACAAGACUGUCAAACUCAAGACGACCUGUAUAACUUGAGUCUAGGAGAUUAUAUUUUUAUAUUAUUUUUUUUAACAUAUAUAUUCAUUAUUUUAAUGGUAUCGAUAUAUUACAAAAUAACUGUCAACCGAAACUCCAACAAAAAUGGUGUACGCUAUAAAAUAGUAAAAUGCUUAGCGUUGGCAUCUAAUACUAAGAAACUCUUGAACGUUAAUCAAGAAAAUAUAGAUGGCUUGCAAUAUAUAUCUGCAAUCAAGGUUAUAACAAUGUUUCUGAUAAUAUUUGCCCAUAGAUUAAUGUUUUUCUUCAGUUCGCCUAUUGAAAAUCCCGUUUUUGUUGAAGAAUUAUACAAAAAAGUAGAAGCUUCAGUUCUUCUAAAUGGACCGAUUGUAGUAGACACAUUCUUUGUUACAUCAGGAUUCUUAGCUACUUACUUGAUUCUGCAACAAGCCAUAAAACAUAAAACUGUAAAUUUCUUUUGGGUAUAUUUACACAGAUAUUUAAGGCUACUUUUUAUGUACGUAGUUAUCCUAGUCUUCCAUAAUACACUGCUUUCUAAACUGGGUUCUGGACCUCUUUGGAAGAGACGUGUAGAGAAGGAAAUGGAAAGUUGUAGGGCGUCCUGGUGGACAAACAUUUUAUUUAUUAAUAACUACGUCAACACUAAUCAAGUUUGUAUGUUUCAAACAUGGUAUUUGGCUUGUGAAUUUCAAUACUUUCUCAUAGCACCUUGUUUAGUUUGGAUGUACAGAAAGAACUCAAGACUAGGCUAUAUAUCAAUUUCAUUGCUGAUAGUCUCAAGUAUCUCAAUCGCAUCGAUAGUCCAUUACGUAAACAAUUACAACCCAUUUUUGUUAAUAUACAACAGCAUUUUAACAGAUCCAACAGGAAACGAUCAGUAUAAACACAUCUAUAUUCCAUCUCAUUUAAGAGCUAGUCCAUAUCUUGUUGGAAUACUUGUAGCUUUCAUUAAACACGAAAUCAAAACAAGGGGCUACAAAUUGAAGCCUAAAGCAGUGUAUGCCGGUUGGAUUGGAAGUACUUUCAUGUUACUGGCUGUAGUUUACGGUUCCUUCAUAUUUUAUGUGCCAGAAAUUCAUAUUAGUAAGGUGGUGUCAUCUUUGUUUGCUUCGAUGCAUCACUUGAUUUGGGGAGCAUCUAUUGGUUGGAUGAUAAUAGCCAUCACUGAAGGACAUUCAGGCAUCAUCAAACCCCUUACUUCAUGGAAACCAGGAUUUUUUCUUAACAGAAUUAAUUAUUCUGCAUACAUACUUCACGGAACUAUACAGUUGUAUUCUGUAGGAACCCUUAGAUCUCCAGUGUACAUUAGUGUUUUUAAUAUGUUGUUAUAUGCUUUGGGUGAUAUAAUGGCAUCAUAUUACAUAGGAUUCUUCCUAACAGUCUUUUUUGAAUCGCCUAUAAUUCAACUAGAAUCUUUACUUCGGAAGAACAAAUUUGGAAAAGAAGAAAAUUGUGAUGCAGAAAACUAUACAAAGCAUCACGAAGAAAAACCAGGAUCUAUUAUGAAAAUUAACGGAAUAAAUCAUAUUUAAAAAU